AUGGCAGACAUUCAGACUGACCAUGCGUGCCAAAAGCAACCAACCAUCUUUCAAAAUAAGAAGAGGGUCCUGCUUAGAGAAACUGGCAAGGAGAAGCUCCCACAAUACCACAAGAACAUAGGUCUGGGCUUCAAGACACCCAAGGAGGCCAUUGAGGGCAACUACAUCGACAAGAAAUGCCCUUUUACUGGUAAUGUCUCCAUCCGAGGGCAGGUUCUGUCUAGUAACCAAAAUGAAGAUGGAGAGGACCACUCUCUCAUCCUUCCAGACUACCUCCACUACAUCGGAAAGCAUAACCGCUUUGAGAAGGGUCACAGGAACAUGUCUGUGAGCCUCUCCCCCUGUUUUAGGGGCGACCAGAUCGGGGAUGCUUUCACAGAGGGCGACUGCUGGCCCCCGAGCAAGACGGUGCCCUUCCACAUGCACAAGGUCACCAAGGCUGCCGGCACCAAGAAGCAGGUCCAGAAGUUCUGA